AAAUAAAAAUGAGAAGUCAGAAGCAGCUUACUGUCCAUUUUAACUCUGCAAGAGAUAUUUUUUUAUAGAUUUAUAGACUAAGGACAGAAAUCUUCAGCUGUUUGAUCAGAUUGUCCACUGGCAAUGUGUUCAAUUAUGAUGCACUGCUUUAUAUCAAUCAAUUAAAAGUCAACUCAUCAUCACAUUAAGCUGCGGUGCUUCUGCUGAAACAAUCCAUCUGAUCUCAGUACAGACCAACAAUGACACCUGUGACUGCUGCUCUCUGGGCGGCAGCCAUGUUGAUGGGACUCCAGGGGAGUUCUUCAUUCCCUGACAGCAGGGUAGACCUCUCAUCCAAAAACCUCUCCUCCGUCCCAAGAGACCUGCCAUGGAAAGCUGAGUCUAUAGACCUCUCAUGCAACCACAUACAGCUACUUCACAAAGGAGACUUCAAAAACACCCCUCUCCUCAGAUUCCUCAACAUUUCCUGGAAUAGUUUGAAGGACAUCGAUGAAGAGACGUUCCUCGACACGCCGCUCCUGAAGGAUCUGGACCUGUCACACAACGGGCUGAGGAACCUGUCGGGCCAGCGGUACCUGCUCCACACAGAGAAUCUUCUGGUACUCAAUCUGGCCUUCAACACGUUUCUUACAAUGACCCUUGGGAGUGAGUUCAGUUCAUUGGUAAAACUGGAGACAUUGGCACUUGGAGCCCAAAACAUCAGUUUGGGUGAUUUCAAGAAUAUUGCUAAAGUGAAACUGCGUACACUCACUCUAUCCCUGGAGAAUAAAACCUGGAAUUAUACAGCAGGCAGUCUGAUCGAUGUUCAGGCUCAAAGGCUUCAGAUAGCCCUCACUGGUUCUCGAAUAUUAGACCAUGAUCUGGUUGCUGAUACUCUUUCACUCUUCGCUGAAGUGGAGUUGAUGAAUUUGAGAAGUGGCUACAAAGACCUGAGUGAGCAGCUGAUAGAGAGAGUAGAAACCCUCACAUCUCACCUGUAUCUCACCAACAUAUAUAUCAGCUGGAAAGACUUAACUGACUGUGUGAAUAUCCUUCUGCGUACAUCUAUUACCCACCUGAGGAUCUCUGAUGUGACAAUGUACAAUAUGCCUUUUCAAGAGACAAAUGUAACCCAGACGUCAAAGAUGAAGUCUUUUACAGCCAGAAAGGCAGUGGUGAAAGACUUCUUCUUUUCUCAGGAGGCUGUGUACAACUUCUUUAUCAACAUACCGGUGGAGAGUUUAGCAAUGGUUGAGAUGCCAAUGAUACACAUGACGUGCCCAAAGUCGCACAGUCCUAUCCUCCAGUUGGACUUCUCCAAUUGUGCUCUAUCCGACUCCAUCUUCUCCAGAGUGGAGGGUGAAGAAAUUCUUGAAUGUGAGAAACUGGAUAACGUGAGGAAGUUGAAUCUGGUUGGAAACAAUCUCAGGAGCCUUCAGAUGCUCAGCAAACGUGUGCAAUAUAUGAAGUCCUUGCGACAUCUGGACCUCAGCAUCAACUCUUUGGUUUAUGACGGCCUCCUAGAAUGCUUCUGGCCACCCAACAUCACAAAUAUGACUCUGUCUUCCAAUGGUCUGACAGGUUCCGUUUUUAAAUGUCUACCAAAAGCAACAGAGAACCUGGACCUUCAAAACAACCAGGUUUCUGUGAUACCAUCAUCCAUCUUGAAAUUGGGAAACCUUUCAUCUCUGAAUCUAAAUUCAAAUAGGCUGCGGGACCUGCCAGUAUGCACGGGAUUCCCCCUACUGAGUGAGCUUCUGCUCAAGUCUAAUUCCCUCCAUGCACCAUCUGUGAACAAGCUGGAAAGCUGCCCCGAACUGAAAACCCUGGACGUCAGUUACAACCCCUUCACCUGCACCUGCGCACUGAGAAGUUUCAUAAGUCUUGGCAUCAAGUCUAAAAGGAGAAGUCACACAGGAAUUCAAUUGUUGAGCUGGCCUAAAGACUAUUACUGCACCUACCCAGAGGCCGUUAGAGACUUCUCCUUGAAAGACAUCUCAAUCCCAGAAGUCUCCUGUAAUGUGGGCCUUCUAGCUGCAGCCAUCUUGGGCCCAGCAGUUAUUGUGAUGAUUGCAAUUGUGACCAUGUGCCAUCAUUUGGAUGUUCCCUGGUAUAUGGGUAUGAUCUGGCAGUGGACCAGAGCCAAACAUCGUGCCAGAAUGCGUCAGGUUCGCCCUGAAGAUCUGUUGGGUGUUGAGUUUCAUGCUUUUGUGUCUUACAGCCAGCAUGACUCAGACUGGGUUCAGAACUCCCUUCUCCCCAACCUUGAAGGCCCAGCAGGUGGUCUCCAGAUCUGCCAUCAUGAAAAAUCCUUUGUACCCGGAAAGACAAUUAUUGAGAACAUCAUCACAUGUUUGGAGAAAAGCCGACGCUCCGUGUUUGUGCUCUCUGCUAACUUCGUCAAAAGUGAGUGGUGCCACUAUGAGCUGUACUUUGCCAGCCACCAACGCCUUGCUUGGGGACCGGAUAGCGUUGUGCUGGUGCUGCUGGAGCCUCUACCUCAAUACCUGAUACCAUCCAAGUACAACCAGCUGAAGUCCAUGAUGAACCGGCACACAUACCUGGAGUGGCCCCAGGAGAGGGCCAAGCACAGGCUGUUCUGGGCUAAUCUCAGAGCUGCCCUACAGGCAGACCUGCCAAAUGCAUCAGUGACUCAUGAGGAAGAGUAAAAGGAAGUGGUAAGAGGAAGUUCAAAUGGGACAGAUGGGACAUUUGAAUAAAGGGAACAUAGUAAGAUAAAAACAAAUGUGGGCACUCUGGAGUGUGUAUAUUUCCUAUUCUUCUUUCUUUUCUGCAUUAGCAUUAUUUUCCAAAGGUUCUCAUUUUUAACCUUGUACAAUAGAUUCAAGAUAAACUAACCUCUUGUAAGCUUGCAUUGAUUAAAUCAUAAGGCAACUGCUUUAGUGGACAUUUAAUGAAAACGUUUAUAUAAACUAACACUGCAAGUAUGUAACAAAAAAACAAUAAACUUUACACAAGAAUAUCAAAAA